GAACUUGACAGCAAUUUAAAACCUAAACGCACGUCACCUGCGACCUAUAAGUUAUAAAGAAAAUAUGAUAUUUUUUUGUUAAUUUAUUUUCUAAUUAAGACAUUUUUAUAUUUUGCCAAUACUAAUGAACUGUAGUCAUAAAAUUUAAACCUAUACUUGUCUCUAUGAUCAAGAAUUCAAGAUACUCAUCUGGUGGACUUUGACAUCAACCGUAAUAAUAUCAAGUCUAUGAUAUCAACAGUUCAACGCUGUCUGUAGGUCAGCACUGUAGAUACCGACUGUCGAUUUAGUACUUAUUAGUGUAACCGUUCAACGACUUAUCAACUAGCUCUCCUUGCUUUCACUUUCGAAAUCAUCGAACGAAUAAAAUAUGUCUGAAAGUAUUUCCCCUGUUAAAUAUUUUUUAAGUGGUGGAUUUGGCGGUGUGUGUACAGUGUUAGCAGGACAUCCUAUGGACACUAUAAAAGUAAGAUUGCAAACUAUGCCCAUACCUAAGCCGGGCGAAGUGGCCUUGUAUGGUGGCACUUGGGACUGUUUCAGGAAAACAAUUCAAAAGGAAGGUUUCCGCGGCCUCUACAAAGGCAUGUCAGCGCCACUUACUGGAGUAGCGCCUAUAUUUGCGAUUAGUUUCCUUGGUUUUGGUCUAGGUAAAAAACUAAUAAAAAGUGAUGACAACCAACAACUUACAAAUCCAGAACUUUUCGCAGCCGGUGCAUUCUCUGGCAUUUUCACAACAUCCAUCAUGGCACCAGGAGAACGUAUAAAAUGUCUACUUCAAAUCCAACAGGGUGGUAAUGUCCCACAAAAAUAUAAUGGUAUGGUGGACUGUGCUAGGCAGUUAUAUUCUGAAGGUGGUAUCAGGAGCAUAUAUAAAGGUAGUGUUGCCACAAUUUUGAGGGAUGUGCCAGCAAGUGGAAUGUACUUUAUGACAUAUGAGUGGCUUGUGAAGGUUCUCACACCAGAGGAUGCCACUACGAAGCUGAAAUUCUUAUCUACGAUAGUGGCAGGUGGUUUCGCUGGUAUAGCUAACUGGCUGGUAGGUAUGCCUGCCGAUGUGCUGAAAAGUAGAUUGCAGACUGCUCCAGAGGGAACAUAUCCAAACGGUUUAAGAGAUGUCUUCAAACAGCUCAUGGAGAGGGAAGGACCUACAGCACUCUAUAAAGGAGUGACACCAGUUAUGCUUAGGGCUUUCCCAGCCAACGCAGCAUGUUUUGCUGGAUUUGAAGUAGCUGUCAAAUUCCUCAAUUGGGCUGCACCAGGCUUUUGAUGACUUUUAAUUGAUAAGGAAAAUUUUAGAACAGUGUUUAUAGCGUUAUUAAUAUUAAGAAUGACUUUAGUUACUAUUGUUACAAUGUGUUUAAUGAGAAUCACAAUUUAUAUUAUUGAAUAUUACUAUACACAGUAUAGUGUUGUAUAAAUUUUGAAUUUAUUUACUGUUUUAUAUGAAAAAAGCUGUAAAGGCACAAUAACAAUUAUAUCCAUAAUAACAAAUAUAUACAUUUUUAGCAAUCAAAAUAUAAUAGUAGCAUUUCAUGUUUUCCCUUUAAAACCUCA